AUGGCGAGCUUGGCGAAGAGUGCGGCCAAGGGUGCUGUGGCGCAGUUGGAGUCAGCUGCAUCAAGAGCUUUGGAGCCCAGGCGCCUCUACUUUGACACCGCACCAGGCCUGGAGAAGAUGCUUCAGCGAGAGCUAGAGGCAUUUCAGCUGGGUUCUGUGGCCUUGACCCCUCGUGCUGGGGAGCUCUGGCUGACAGCGCCAGAGUCCGCAUUGUGGCGUGCAACACUGCAGAGUCGGGUCCUGUUGGGCGCUCGCUUGGGCGUUGGUGAUGUCUUCCACGCUGGCUACGAGUCGACCUUGUCUAACUAUGUCGCCGGGAUACCUUGGCCCGAUUAUCUCUGGUUUCGAGCAGAGCCGCUUGGACCUCCGCUCAAGGUGCAAGCAGAAAAGUCCCGCCUUUACCAUACAGAUGUCAUUGAACGUGGUGUUCUUAGUGGCAUCGAGAAGCGAAGGCAGUUUUUCAUGGGUCUGAAGUUGCAGAACAAGGAUGACGGGAACUUCUAUGGCAGAAAGGAGAGGGAAGGUCCCCCAUUCCCAACUGUGCACGUGAAUCUGUCCCAGAACGAAUGCCACAUGAGUGUGGCUGCGACUGCGGCACCACAUGCCCGGGCGUACGAGUUGGCACUGGAUGAGGGGCAGAUGGAGCAGGAAGAGGAGAUGCGUGGAAGUCCUUGGCUGCUUGAGCCUGCACAUGCGGCAGCCUGCGUGAUGAGAGCCAAUCUUUUCAGACACCUGGAAGAGAGUGCACGCUCCGGGCAGAAGCUUUGCGUUUGGGACCCUUUCUGCGGCAAGGGCACCCUGCUCCUGGAAGCCUUGGGCAUUGCGAUGGGUGUGCCGCCUGCAAGCCCUGCCAUGAUGAUGCCUUUCCAGCAGUUUCCGGAGUUCAAUCAAAUGCACUUCCAGGAGGUGCUCCGGUCCCUGCAGUUGACCCCGCACCCAGAUGUUGGUGAGAUGUUGCUUCUGGGAAGCCACGAAGAGCAACCACACCUGGUGCACCUCGCCAACCUCAACCUGCAGGCUUUUGCGCGGUCAGUGCCAAGACCAAGGGCACCUUCCAUGUGGACCCAAGCGUGGGCACCACCAGGGUCCAAUGAGGCCCAGGACCUCACCACACUUGCCACACAGCGGCUGCCUUGUCCGACCGCGUUUCAUUCGCUGCCUGCAGCAUCCAUUGCAGAGCGGAUUCGUAGCCACCGUCCCCUGAUCAUUACCAGUGUACCUUACGGCAAAAAAGCUGAUGCACGGAAAGAUCAGCGUGCCUACAAACGAUUCGGCCAGCUGAUUCGAAGCAUGGACGUGCGCGACGUCUAUUGUGUCUCUGCGAGGGAGGAUUUCAAGAGGCUCACAGGCCUCGACUGGAGAGCAGAGCUGCGAUUCUCAGCCUCAGGAGUGUGGCUUGAACUCCUGCGCUGGACAGGGCGUGAGGCUUCGGAACUACACUUCAUUUCAAGCCAGCCUCGGGUGCGCAAGAAGCGCAAGGAGGUGCGGCCCAAGGACGAGGUUCCUGUGGUUGAGGAAACAGCUGCAGAGGAUGCCGUGCGAACUGCAAACCACAGAAAGAAACCAAAAAGGUGGCUGAUGCAGCGGGUUCGGCCACGCAAAAAGUUGAUUUCUCCUGCGCAGCAUUCGGCUGAGAGCACAUGUAUCAAGGUGGCAAGUGCAGGAUACGUCGGAUACGUAGUCUGUUUGACAACGUCAGAGACUGCGAAGGUAGUGCUUAUCGUCGCGCUCCUGGUGGUGAGUUCGGCUAGCGCAGUGUCACCAGUGCAGUUCUGGCCGCCUCUGAAGGAGGCAUCAAAGAGCUCUGCUAUGGAGAAGCUCACAGCCGACAUUGAGCAGAUCAAGGCCUGUGUGACACCGUCCAAGAUUUGGACACAAUUUUCUGCAUCAACCGGCCUCGAUCCAUCCAUUGAUCACUUCCAGGAGUUUGCUGCUGUGGAUCUGCGAGGUUUUCAAAGAGGUGGACGAUUGAUCACUUGUCUGUGGCCCAAGGGCUGCUAUUUGCCUGUUAUCAUUUUCAGUGUGGAUGAGACCAAAGGCUUAGCAGCCGUGCUCAUUGGCAGACGUAGCGUAGUCCGUAGCCGAGCGUUCUCGGCAGAGCAAUUCUUGCGUGAAACUGCUCCACCGCUGGAUGGCCUAUCGUACAAGGGCCAGGGGGGCCGGGUGGGUAUCUUUGGCGGCUCUGGGGACUACACUGGAGCGCCCUACUAUGCAGGACAUCUGCACGCGGGUGCAGAAAAGUGA